AUGGAGGGAAACGAUGAAUCAAAGUCUAUACUUAAAACCUAUUCAGUCCCUUUAGUUGCAGGUGCUAUAGCUGGUGUGUCAGUCGAUGUUGCGUUAUAUCCUUUAGAUACGUUAAAAACUAGAUUACAAAGUAAACAGGGCUUUCAUAAGGCUGGAGGCUUUCGAGGAGUUUACCGAGGUUUGUUGACAGUGGCAUCAACAUCAAUGCCCACAUCGGCAUUGUUUUUUGUUUCAUAUGAAGCCACAAAGAAAGUAGCAACUCCGCUUGUCACACCACAAUAUGUCCCUUUUGUGCAUAUGCUCGCUGCAAGUGUUGGUGAAGUGUUAGCCUGCGUUAUAAGAGUACCGACAGAGAUAGCUAAACAACGCAAACAGACAUAUGUGGGGAAACAAAGCAUGAGCAGCAUUCAAAUACUUGUACAGGCGUUUCGCACAGAGGGAUUUCGGAACGGAGUGUAUCGGGGUUUCUUCUCCACCGUGCUUCGUGAUCUUCCCUUCAGCUUCAUUGAGCUACCCCUUUGGGAGUUCCUCAAGACUGUGCUCAAGGAGAGAAGCGACACGGGGCAGAUAAGCAGUUUUCAGAGUGCGCUGUGCGGCUCUGUUGCCGGUGGGGUCGCCGCAGCGGCCACGACGCCCCUCGACCUUGCCAAAACUCGCAUAAUGCUAGCGGAGGGUUGCGACUCGCGCAAACUGCGCAUCAAACCGGUGUUAAGCGAAAUCUACGCGGUGUCAGGUUUCAAAGGUCUUUUCGCUGGGGUCACGCCUCGUUUUACGGGAUUCCUCGUCGGCGGAUUCGUCUUCUUCGGCGCGUACGACGGCGCGAAUUCGUUGAUUGAGACGUAUUUCAGAUAA